CACUUGGAAAGAAAGAACUCUUUCAAGCAGAUUAGGUAAAAUAUUGGAAGAAAACGUAACAUCGAAGCUGUCCUCCGGUUAACAUUCUUUCGAUUCUACUACUGCAUUCCCUGCUUCUCUCUCUCUCUCUCUCGCUAAUUUCUGCUGCCAAAUUCUUAAACCCAAAUCCAUCUCUCACUGUUGAAGGAAACACAGGUAGACAGAUGCCGAAAUUUUUCAGAGGAAUGAAGCCUGAGUGAUAAAGGAUAGUUUUUGCUUUUCUUAUCGCUCGGUCGACGAGAUGUCGUUUUCAUUCUUCAAAGCGUCACGGCCAAAAACACCACAGGAAGUGGUGAAAGCAAUGAAAGAUAGCCUCGUGGCUCUUGAUACCAAAACCGUUGUUGAAGUUAAAGCCCUUGAGAAGGCAUUGGAAGAAGUAGAGAAGAAUUUUGUGUCCAUGAGAUGUAUGCUGUGUGGAGAUGGGGAGGUUGAACCGAAUACGGAUCAAGUUUCCCAAUUAGCACUUGAAGUUUGCAAAGAGGAUGUUCUUGCUCUUAUGAUUCACAAGUUACCUAAUUUGGGAUGGGAAGCAAGAAAGGAUUUAGUCCAUUGUUGGUCUAUAUUGUUGAAGCAAAAGGUUGACUCAAGAUACUGCUCUGUAGAAUACAUAGAGAACCAUUUUGAAUUUCUAGACUUUCUUGUUGUAUGCUAUGAUAACAAGGAAAUUGCCUUGAAUUGUGGACUUAUGCUAAGGGAAUGCAUAAAGUUUCCGACACUUGCAAAAUAUAUAUUAGAGUCUGCAAGCUUUGAGUUGUUCUUCAAAUUUGUGGAAUUGCCUAACUUUGAUGUUGCUUCUGAUGCUUUCUCUACUUUCAAGGAUUUACUGACUAAACAUGGCACCGUGGUUGCGGAGUAUCUUACUGCACAUUAUGAUGAGUUCUUUGAACAAUAUGAAAAACUCUUGACAUCUUCUAAUUAUGUGACAAGAAGGCAAUCAUUGAAGCUUCUCUCGGAAUUCCUUUUGGAACCUCCGAGCUCUCAUAUAAUGAAGCGCUACAUUCAAGAAGUUCGGUACUUGAAAGUCAUGAUGACUUUGUUGAAGGACUCGAGCAAAAAUAUUCAGAUCUCUGCUUUCCACAUUUUCAAGGUCUUUGUUGCUAAUCCUAACAAGCCACGAGAGGUGAAAGUGAUUUUGGCCAAAAACCAUGGAAAAUUGUUGGAAUUGCUUCACAAUCUCUCAGCUGGAAAAGGUGCUGAGGAUGAACAGUUUGAAGAGGAGAAGGAAUUGAUCAUCAAGGAAAUCGAUAUGCUAUCUCGCCUGUCAAAUCUGGAUCAUUAGAUCUUUAUCCUAAUUGCUGGGAUUUCCUUUACUACUCGGAUCCUGUGCCUGGUUCAUGCUAAUUCUGUGAUGAUUGAUUAUGGCAUGCAAUUGAUAUUUGUGCAAAAGUCAUGGUGUCAAAGCACCAGUAGGAAACAAUACAAUUGAGAAUUGCAUGCGCUUGUAAUAUUUGUUGCGUCGGAAGUCGUACUGAAGUACAUCACGCCAUCUGGUCUUAGAAGUGUGUUUAGAGCAUUGGUUUUGAGUGAUCAAGGGCACUGGCUUGUAUUAUAAAGAAACCCAAUACCCCCUAUUGCCUUGUGCACGUGAAAACUUUGUUUUUACCAUUGGUGUUUGCUUCCUCCACCUUCAAAUUUGAGGAGUUUAUGUCAUACUUGGUGGUGAUUUUGAAAGCACUGGAGAUGACUUCUUGAUGCCUUGUGAUAUAA